GCAUAUAUAUAGUAUUUCAGAUUUCUGGAAUAUUACACCGGAAUUCUCUGAAUCACACAUAUCUUUUUUGAAUUUUACAGUGGAGAAACUAACAGAUCGUAGCUGUUUGACUUGAUUUCCGAUCAUAGAGUGAAGAUUUAAUUUUCUCUGUCUCAAGUGUUUGAAUUUCGGCUGUGAAUUUUUUGUGAUGAUUGAUCGAGUCGGUGUCGCAUAGUUUGUGUUGAUUCCUCGGAAGCGAAGAAUUAUACAAAUUAUUCCGAGCUUCCGGUACUGGAGAAUUUUUUGAUGUCCGAAAAAUUAAAAUAUAUACAGGUGGAGGGUUAAAUUCUGAGGUGGAAUAGUUUAAGUUGAGGGGGAUGUCGAAUUCUAAAGUGGUAUAUGAAGGAUGGAUGGUGAGGUACGGGCGGAGAAAGAUUGGAAGAUCAUACAUUCACAUGCGAUACUUUGUGCUUGAGACUCGGUUGUUGGCCUAUUACAAAAAGAAGCCACAAGACAAUGUGGUACCAAUAAAAACGCUUCUCAUAGAUGGCAAUUGUAGGGUGGAGGAUCGUGGAUUGAAGACUCAUCAUGGACAUAUGGUUUAUGUUCUGUCUGUUUAUGACAAGAAAGAGAAACAUAAUCGAAUUACGAUGGCAGCUUUCAACAUUCAGGAGGCACUUAUUUGGAAAGAAAAAAUUGAAUGUGUUAUUGAUCAGUAUCAAGAUUCACAAGCUGCCAGUGGUAACAAAUUUCUUUCUUUUGAAUAUAAAUCUGGAAUGGAUAAUGGAAGGACCGCCUCAUCAUCGGAUCGUGAAAGUCAGUUUAGUGCAGGUGACGAUGAAAAUGAAUCACAACGGAGUUUGUCGCGCAGAACAACAAUUGGAAAAGGUCCCCCCGAUUCUGUAUUUGAUUGGACAAGGGAAAUAGACUCAGACUUUACAAACCAGAAUUCUAACAAUCAAGCAUUUUCAAGAAAGUAUUGGCGCCUUCUUCAAUGUCAAAACGGGCUUCGGAUUUUCGAGGAGCUUGUCGAAGUGGAUUUCCUUCCAAAGAGCUGUAGUAGAGCAAUGAAGGCAGUUGGGGUCGUGGAGUCUACAUGUGAAGAAAUUUUUGAGCUAGUAAUGAGCAUGGAUGCCACACGGUUUGAAUGGGAUUGCAGUUUCCAGUACGGUAGCUUAGUUGAGGAGGUAGAUGGACAUACAGCAAUACUAUAUCACAGUCUUCAACUGGACUGGUUCCCUAUGUUUGUGUGGCCCCGUGACCUCUGCUAUGUGAGGUAUUGGCGUCGAAAUGAUGAUGGGAGUUAUGUUGUGUUAUUUCGUUCUAGAGAGCAUGAGAAUUGUGCUCCACAGCCAGGAUUUGUUCGAGCUCAUAUUGAGAGUGGAGGGUUCAAUAUUUCACCAAUGAAACCUCGUAAUGGGAGACCAAGAGCUCAGGUGCAGCAUCUUAUGCAGAUUGAUCUCAAAGGAUGGGGAGUGGGUUAUAUAUCAUCAUUUCAGCAACAUUGUCUGCUUCAGAUGUUAAAUUGCGUUGCUGGAUUGCGUGAAUACUUUUCUCAAACUGAUAACAGGACUGCUGCUCCAAGAAUUCCUGUUAUGGUUAAUAUGACAUCAGUUUCCAAUUCUUCAAAGAGGAGUCACAAACUCAACUCAUCUUCUGUUCAUCAUAGUCCUUCUCUAGAUCAAAUACAAGCUGAAAAUAAGAAUGGUGCAUUGAUGGAUGAAUACUCUGAUGAAGAUGAAGAUCAAGUUGUCGAUCAAGAAACAUUUUCAUCCAGCAUUGAAAUCGAAGACAAGAGAACGGCUGAUGAAGAAGAACCUCAAGACCAAAUUGAUUUGUCCAUUUUCUCGGGCAACCUUCGGCGUGAUAACCACGACAAGGCUCGUGAUUGCUGGACAUUAUCUGAUGGAAACAACUUCAGAGUUCGUAGCAAGCAAUUUUGCUAUGACAAAUCAAAGGUUCCUGCUGGUAAACAUCUCAUGGAACUUGUUGCUGUUGACUGGUUCAAAGAUUCAAAAAGAAUGGACCAUGUUACCAGACGACGUGGGUGUGCAGCACAAGUUGCAUCAGAUAAAGGACUUUUCUCUAUUGUUUUUAAUCUGCAAGUGCCUGGAUCGACACACUACAGCAUGGUUUUCUAUUUUGUGACUAAGAAAUUAGUCCCAGGAUCUCUCUUACAGCGGUUCGUUGAUGGGGAUGAUGAAUUUCGCAAUAGCAGACUGAAACUUAUUCCAUCAGUGCCCAAGAUUGUGAAUUGCCAUUGCGAAUCAUGCAGGGAUCAUGGAUUGUUCGUCAGAGUGUUGGAAGUACCCCUUGUUUACUGGGAAAAGCUGUUGAUUGCAACUAUAUCCGUGGUCCCAAGUAUUUGGAAAUUGAUGUUGACAUUGGUUCUUCCACUGUGGCAAAUGGAGUCCUGGGGCUUGUAAUUGGUGUGAUUACAACACUUGUUGUUGACAUGGCUUUCCUCGUACAGGCUAACACACCGAAUGAGUUACCUGAGCGGCUUAUCGGUGCUGUCCGAGUUUCACAUAUAGAACUUUCGUCAGCUAUUGUCCCAGUGCUCGAAUCGGAUACUACAUAGCUCUUCAUACCAUGAUAUUUCAGAUACUUAUAGGUUAUUUAUUUUACCCUCCCAAAUGAAAAAUUAUUUUUAGAACUUGACAUUACAUUUGUGCUAAAACAUACAAAUUUAGGGUAUAGGUAUUUUCAGUUACUUGAGAUGUACAAAUAAAUUUAUGUUGUGUUUAUGACUCUUGUUACUGCAAACUCUUUGCUGUCUAAUUUUUU